AUCCCGUGAAAGGAUGGAUACCUUCUCCUUUCCUCAAUUAAAAUCGCUGGCACAUGUGCCGACCACUGUUAUAUAUACCACAUGUACAACCUUGGAUCGCACGAUAGAAAGACCGCGAGGAAGAGAUGGAAGCAGCGCAGGCGUUGGCGGCCAAACCAGUCAUCAAGGUUGCAGCCAUCUGCGGCUCCCUUCGCAAAGCUUCCUUCAACCGCGGCCUCAUUCGCUGUGCCAUUGAGCUCUGCAAUGAGUCUAUUCCUGGGAUGAAGAUAGAGCAUGUGGACAUCGAGCCCCUUCCCAUCAUCAACCCCGACCUCGAGAUUGAUAGCAAGUAUCCUCCGCCUGUCGAGGCUUUCCGACGCAAGAUCCUUGAAGCAGACAGCAUCCUCUUUGCUUCACCAGAGUACAACUACUCCAUCCCAGCUCCUCUGAAGAAUGCUGUCGACUGGGCCUCCAGACCCCCAAAUGUUUGGGCAGACAAACCUGCCGCUAUAGUAAGCGCUGCAGGAAGCGCUGGGGGAAGUCGCGCACAGUACCAUCUGCGUCAGGUUGGAGUCUUUCUUGAUCUUCAUUUCAUCAACAAGCCUGAAUUAUUCAUUCAAGCAUUUCAGCCUCCAAUGAAGUUCGACAGUGAUGGGAAUUUGAUCGAUCCUGAAACAAAGGAACGGCUAAAACGUGUCCUCUUGUCGUUACAGGCUUUUACCCACAGGCUGCGUCACAGUUCCUGAGAUAGAACUUUGUUGGACAUUGCCAUAUUCGAAAUUAGUCUUCUCGUUAAUAUUUUAUGCGGCCAUUUUGUUUGAUCUUUUGUGCUUCUCCUAGUCAGAUAAGUGUCAGUGAGGAAACUAUCAUUACAGGUUUGUAAGUUGUCAAAUGUUGUUCUUUUCCAUUGAUUUUUUGGAACAGUCUCUCAUGGAAUCAUUCAAAUUGGUAUUUGAACUAUAUUUUUGGAGUCUAUGGCAUAAGUCACACGGAACUACCAAAACCAA